AGGUGCAGCAGAGAUGUUUCAGUAAUGUGCAGAGCAGUCGCGUUGAGGGGAGCGCGAGGGCAGCUGCUCCACAAUCUUCAAUGCACUGAUCGCAAAUUAGGAUCGUCGGAAAAGACAUCUCCCUCUUAGGAUACUCUUAGGAUCCUCGUCCGCGACGUUGCGACGUGACGCAAACUCGGUUAUCCUCGAGUGCGCAUCCAGGCGACAUGGCCUCAUCCGUGAGCGGCGCUGAGGAAGUGCGCGUGUCGACGUUGACGCCCCUGAAGUUGGUGGGUCUGGUGUGCAUUUUCCUCGCGCUGUGCCUAGAUGUCGGGGCCGUGCUGAGUCCGGCGUGGGUCACCGCGGAAGAACAGUACCACCUGUCCCUGUGGGAGUCGUGCUGGAAGCCCGCGGCAUCUCCGACCUGGCGGUGCACCAGCACGCUGGGGACCGACUGGCAGAUUGCCACAUUGGCGUUGUUGUUGGGUGGAGCGUUCCUUAUCCUCCUUUCCUUCUUGGUGGCCCUGGUGUCUGUCUGCAUUCGCUCCAGGAGACAUUUCUACCGACCGGUCGCAGUUAUGCUGUUUGCUGCAGUGGUUCUGCAGGCCUGCUGUCUGGUGCUUUAUCCCAUCAAGUUCAUUGAGACCAUCAGUUUGAGAAUAUAUCACGAGUUCAACUGGGGUUACGGUCUCGCCUGGGGCGCCACCAUCUUCUCCUUCGGAGGAGGGAUUCUCUGCUGCCUGAACCCCAAGAACUAUGAAGAAUACUACUAAACCUGCUACGAUACCCACGAUGCACUUCAAUGUCCACUUCACUGUUGUUAUAGCAGCUCAUGCACUGAACAUUUGUUCUCUUUGUGGACCUGAUAUGGACUCCAAACACGCAGAGGAAAUGGCAAGCUGUUAGAUUCAGACGCAAUUUUAUUUUCAUGCUUUUCCCUUUCCUUAUUUCCCACCAUUCUCCUCAUCCCAUAAAUCUACAGUAUAAUGCGAUUAAACCCUGUCAUUAAAAUCCCACUCUUUUCCGGUCUAUCAUUGUAAUCGAGUCAUUUUCCUCAUGCCAUUCUAACACAUCACUGUUAGAUGAGCAUCUCCAGAUGCUAGGUUUUUAUGUUCACGGGAAUACUGCCAGUCUGUGAUAUGAUCAGUAGGGAAACCUCCAUCUGUUAUGGGAUCUGAAACGAAUCUAGCAAAAUCCUGAUAGACACAAAUUGACAUUCGACAGUUGUGAGACAAAAUCUCACAUCAUAAUGGAAACUAUAAAGGCAAAAUAAAACCCUCUGACAUUAGGAACUUCUCAUAAUAAUAUGAAACAAUGCUAUAGUAAAUGCACACCGCUGUGGCACCUAGAUGACAGAUGUUACAUGUGCCAGCAGUCAAACAUAACUAAUGAGAGACUGUUCAUGACAUGCAGCGAUAGACAUCAAAGCAUAUCUCUUCUUGCGAUAGUAAGAUGAAGUGAAACGUUGAGCACAUACGGUUACCUUUAAUGUCAGCCAUUGGUUAUUUUGUGCAUUAUCAGCUUUCUGAGGUCUGCAUCUCAUCUUCCAUUUAUAAAGGAUUUGAUAGAAGUGCAUUGUAGAAAAAUCUAGGUCCUGUGGUGUAACAAAGCCUUGCGUACAGACUAGUUUAUAAUAGUCUUAUUUUGCAUAAGCAUCCAUACAGGUAGUUUAAGACCGACUGUAAGAUGUUUUUCUUUUUUAAGGUUGCACGGUCUGUUGCGUGCAUGGUGUGUAUGAGCGCAUUCAAAAUCCUUUUUGUAUCCCAGACACAGUCUUGACAUUCUGUACCAAUUUAUAUACUAACCAAAUAAACAGCUAAAAAGAA